AUGCCAUUCCCAGGCGCACCACCAAUGCCGCCAAUGCCACCGAUUCCGAUGCCUGCUAUGAGACCCCCAAUGGCUGUACCAAUUAUACCAGUUCCUGUAAUUCCGCCACAGCCACCAAUCCCUCCAGUCCGACCACCGGCUGUCCCAGUGCCACCAGUAUCUGCUGCUCAGCCAACUGUACCGACCUCAGCCGCCCCCACCACACCAGCAACAACUGAAGCUAGCGCCACACCAGUACCGGCAGCAGCAUCUGCUGCUGCUGCUGCUGCUGCUGACGAUGGUCCGCCAGCAGCCAAGAAAGCUCGAACCGAAGACGAUCUGGAGAGUGAGGAGGCAUGGUUGUCCAAGGUGACUGGCUCGAUCACUGUGUAUGUGCAAAUACCGGGAACUUCACCGAAUCCCGAAUGGAAGCUUGAUGGAAGACGUUUGAGUGUUACAAUGGACAUUGCUGCUCCGGCAAGUUUUCAGCCUACUUUUCCAAUCGGCACACUAAAGAAUUUCGUGCAAGACGAGACUGGUCUGCCUGGUUCCAAGCAAAAACUGCUUUAUGAUGGAUUAUUCCUGAAAGACGCCUGCACUUUGGCGUACUACAAUAUGAAUACUGACGCCGUAGUGCAGCUGCAGAUCAAGGAAAGAGGCGGAAAGAAAAAGUAG